AGGCAGAAGUAGAAGCAAGUACAGAUUGUUGAGCUCUCCCUACUGAGGCGCCUGUGCUGCUGCUCAGUGGCUAUAUCAUUUUCAACGUCCUCUGUAGUCCACCUGUCGGAGAAGAAUCCCUAUACAUGGUUUAGUUCGAAGUUGUGGGUGCUUUUAACUGCGUAAAUAAUCAGUUGCGCCGUUUCAUUGAAGAUUAAGAAUAUCAUGUGAUUGUCGUUGUAUACCAGAAGGUUACUAGAUCCAUAUCCAAGAAUUUUCCAUUACCAAGAACAAAUACUAAUUUGAAAAAGAUGUCAACGUCAUCGAAUGCGGCGUCGCCAGGGCAAGAAGCGGCAGUCGUAAUACCCUAUACUGCCAUGAUCAUGUACAAUGCGCAGAAUAACGGCCACACAACCUAUCACAUUCGCGUUAUGUCACCGGUCGGCCAAUCAUGGGAACUCGUGAAGAGGUCCAAUACUGCUCAUACUGGUGACAAUUUCCGUGAUGUUAAAUUUUUUAAUAUUCAUUAAUUGCUCAUAGCAAUACUUGAAACUACCGUGAUUUCUUUGAAUGGUUCCGGUAUUUGGUAACCUGAAUUUGAUCACAAGGAUUCUCCUCUUGUUUUCCCUUAUGAGCAAAAUCAGGCUACUGAAUACCAGAACAAUACAUUCUUGCUUUUAUAUGUUGUUCUUGCAGCACAAGUAUGGACGAUGUUCAUGUUGGGCAGUUGUACAACGAAAAGAAGAAGAGGUAUCAAAACAGGUAUUCGCACUUUCACGAACUUCAUGAGUUCCUGAAACAGAAGUAUCCGACACAACUGCCAGCCUUUCCCGGGAAGCGACUUUUUGGCAACAAUGAUCCGACUUUUGUCCAGCAGCGACAAGCGCAGUUGCAGCAAUAUUUGAGUAUGGCUUUGUUGACAAGAUAGUAAGUACAAGGAAUUCUUUUGUUUCUCCAGCAGAAUCAAUCGUUUCUUAUAAUUCUAAGGCUACUUAUAUAUGGGAUUGAUUAUUUACAGUUUAAUUGAGUCAAGAUUUGAAGACAGCCGUUUUUGGAUGUAGUGUUUACAGGACUUGCCGAUGGAGAGUCCAACUGCAACUCCAACUACUAAAUUAUGAUGAAGAAAGGACUGCGUCUUAUAAUGUGAUGAAUCAACGAACCAAGUAGACACUAGAGUUUUUGACGAUAAAAGAGCUCUAACCUAGACGCGGUCCUUCUGCUGGAGCCAACAUGUCGGACUCGCGUGGUCGCACACUUUCUCGGGAUCGAACCAAGGACUCCGCAGUUAUGAAUCCUAGCAGCAGUUCAUCAAUCUAGUAACAAGUAAACUUAGUGACUGAGAUAGGGCUUUAUGCUAGGGAGUACUCUACAGAGUACAAGCGUUCUCCUUUACUGAAGCUUGAAGUCCACUAUAGAAGACGUCCGUUUGUAGAUGUGUAACCCUUGAUGUCCACCCCCAUACUAGAGUCCGGCCAAUACGCGGCUUUACAUCAUUAGUAUAACUUCCACGAAGAACAACAGUGUAAGUAUUACAUUAACUCUUCAUGCAUUAUACCUUUCAUACUCCCUUAGAAGGCCAUGCUAGAAGAAGCCCUUUUGUAGAUGUGCAAUCCUUGAUGUCCAUCCAAUUACACCUUCGUGACAAUGAAUUAGUUCAACAGGGUCAGUGAGUGUAGUUGUACUCCAUGAUUUCAUUUCACUUUCAUAUUCCAGUCCGCCCAACACCCCACCUGGAGACCUGGUUGGAGGAGUCCCGGAAUUUCCAUUAGAGGAAUGGCCAGAAAAUCCGAUUGAUGGAUUGCCGAAUGUUGCGGCGCCUCCAGCACCUCCACAACAGUUAAGGCUUCCCCUGAUCCCCAGUGUUUUGAGCCAACUACAGAUCAGUACUAUUGAGCUAGUACAUCUUGGAAAAUCUGUUGUCCAAAACGGAGAGAAGAGGGAACGUCACAAUGGAUAAGGGUUAAUAGGGGAAGGUCUAAAACACAAACCAGGCGCCGAUGACGGAGCGCUUACGGAGCCAACCAGCACCGAGUCUCUUGCCAGUACAACAUCAGUAGCAGCGGCCGCUCCUGGAACUCCAAGUGUUAUGAGACUCAAUCUCUAUAGUGGCGUUUUUUUGGUUCUUGGGUAGGAUGACAUAGCGGUCUUUGAAAGAAGCUCUGCAAUCCAUGUAUUAGUACUAUUCAGGACUCCACCAGAAGAACUCGUUCGAAAAAGAAAUGUAGUGAACGAAAAAGGGCACGUAUGACGUUCUGGAAAUUAGUAAGCACGUGAAGUUCACGUUUCUAGUUCCUUAGUUCUUUCAUCUUUCUAACCACAACGCACCAGCACCAGCUCCAGCCUCGCCUGUACCUGUGCAGCUCAUGAAUGCUGACGACCCAUCAAGCUGGGGACACGUCGAGAGCAACACAGGCCAAGGCGCCAUGGAAGAGCAACUCGAAACGCUAGUCGGUCACGCCGCACUACAUUUUCUAGAUCUUGGACAGGUACUUUAUGUUUAAAUUUUGCACUCGUCGUGUUGGCGGAUUUACUAUCGGUAGCUACUGGUUUGUACAAGAACUGCAUAAACCAGAACAAGAACAACAUAGAUUUAGUUACAACUGACUCUGCACUGGUGGUGUAUGUGUAACUUCUGAUGAAUUACAGCUCUUUCUCUGCAAAAACAAAAACAUCAGAUGUCUGCACCAGUAUACAAAUAUUUUUUCUGUUGUAACUAAUAUCAUCUCGCCCUUCAUCUUCUAGGCACCAGCUUGUGUAGACCAGAUGGAGAUAGACUUUCGGCGGAAGCGGUACGAGGAGCUUGCCAACGUUUUUCGGCAACAGACUGUAAAUGUUAAGGCUGGUUCAUACUAUCGAACAUGAACGUUAAUCCACCUAAACCUGUGUUGAUGACUCCUGUAGAGAAUUUAUUAUAUCCAGGACAGGCACUUCCUUUCUGCCAGAUUACAGCAGGCUCUUCUAGGAUAUGACUAUCUGAAUAAGUGAACCUACAUAAUAAUUGAAAGACCGAAGGAGCGAAUUAUCAGCCGCGAUGGUGAGUUCCCGACGACCUCUUCUAACAUAUGGAGCCCCAAUCUGACGAAAGACGUAACGGAUCCUGCCUUAUCCGAGUUUAUGCGUGCGCUGCAACCGGAUUCGAGCAUCAUAGAUCCUGAGAAACUCGUUGUCGGAUUCCCAGCGAGCGACGAAGUUGCGCCUCCAGUAGAAGCCUCAUGAUUAUCUGACGUUUCACAGCCACAGGUUAUACUGCUUUUUCAGACGAACACUUACACGCGUUUACGUUCUUCUGGGGCAGAAGAUACUACAUACAGUCUUAGUUUUUCUUUUUAUCAGAGAAAUUUGUGUUUGAAUACAAUAACGCGGAAUCUGUUAUAGAUGUCGCUGAAUUUUGUGGUGCUUUCUUCAGUUAUGAAAAAUUCUAAUGUCCUCUUCUCUAAUGUCCUCUUCUCUAAUGUCCUCUUCCUCUAGUACCCCUUUCCUUUACUUCGCAAUGACUCGUCCCUACACAACUUUUAGAGGACUCCAACGGUUUGGUGGAUGAAAUAGACUCCCAGCUACGCGUUAUAAAAGCGCCAGACUCGGGGAUG